CACGCACGGCUGCCUGCGAGGCUUUACUGCGGAGAAUAAACGUCCUUUUUUGACUUGUGUUAGCAGCACGAGCACGGCCGCCUUUUUAUACUGGUUGAGGUAAUUGCAGCGUGUACCGUCAGCCAUGGCUUCUGAAGAACCUAAAGCAAAGAAACAAAAACUUUCAGAGGAGGAGAAGACAGAGUCUCCGAGCAAAAAGACUCCAGCUAAACUAAGCCCUAAUUCGCUCUUUGGGAUGGGAAACCCUCUACUGGACAUCUCUGCUGUAGUGGACAAAGACUUUUUGGACAAGUACACUCUGAAACCCAAUGACCAGAUCCUGGCAGAGGACAAACACAAAGCACUGUUCGUAUUUCCUAUGUUAUUUGAGGAGCUAGUGAAGAAGUUUAAAGUUGAGUACCACGCUGGAGGAGCCACACAGAACUCUAUAAAGAUUGCUCAGUGGAUGAUCCAAGAACCCCAUAAUGUGGGCACGUUCUUUGGCUGCAUUGGCAAAGACAAGUUUGGCGGGAUCCUGAAGCAGAAGUCUGAGGAAGCCCACAUCGAUGCCCGUUACUAUGAGCAAGAUGAAGAGCCCACAGGGACAUGUGCUGCUUGCAUCACUGGAGAUAACAGGUCAUUGGUAGCCAACCUAGCUGCUGCUAACUGUUAUAAGAAGGACAAGCAUCUAGACCUGGAAGAAAACUGGAAGCUGGUGGAAAAAGCAAAAGUCUACUAUAUUGCUGGUUUCUUUCUGACCGUCUCUUCGGAGUCCAUCCUAAAAGUGGCGAAGCAUGCAUCUGAAAACAACAAGCUGUUUUGCAUGAACCUCUCUGCGCCGUUCAUCUGCCAGUUCUUCAAGGAUAACCUCAUGCAGGUUAUGCCCUACGUUGAUGUGUUGUUCGGCAAUGAGACAGAGGCGGUUGCAUUUGCUGAAGCGCAAGACUUCGAGACCAAGGACAUUGAGGAAAUUGCUAAGAAAGCCCAGGCUUUGCCCAAAGUCAACGCAAAGAGACAGAGGAUUGUAGUAGUGACCCAAGGGAAGGAUGAUACUGUUGUGGCCAUGAGUGACAAGAUUGAGACAUUCCCCGUACUGAAGAUUGACCCCAAGGAUAUUGUUGAUACAAUCGGUGCAGGUGAUGCCUUUGUAGGAGGUUUCCUGUCUGAGCUGGUCCAGGAGAAACCACUAGAUCAGUGUGUGAAGGCAGCACACUACGCUGCCAACGUCAUCAUCCGACAAGCAGGUUGCACCUUCCCAGAAAAACCAGACUUCAACUGAGGAUUCCCAGACAAAUUGUCCUUUAGUCUGAAUUGUCAUACUCCAUACAACCUGCCAUACACAACUGCAAACCAUAAUUUUCACUGUUUUCUACAAAUGCUACCCUCAAUUCUCAUAGCCACAUUUCUUUCUAAUCAGCCACCCGUCCAUGUUAUUUUUCAAUAUAUCUGCGGAUAAUUUCCUUCCAAUUGUUAGGUGGGUGCCCCCCCCCUGACAUGUGUGCCUGUCUCUGUUCUCCACUUGGGACCCCCAGAGGAUCAUACAGCCAAGAGCCAAUAGAUUUGGCUAUAUGUACCUGGACAUAAAUGACCAUAAAGGAAUUAUGAUA